AUGUCUACAAACAAAAAACGUAAAAUUGAAGAGGAAAAUAGAGGAUUUAGAAAACUAAAAACCAAAGAUCUUUGGUCUACAAAAUUUGAGAAUUUGAAAACGGAUAUUGAAAAUCUGGAAAGGGAAAAAGGAUUUUUAGCUGCGAACCAUAAAUGGACGGAACUCGCUAAAUGUCAAAAAGAAGAGAAAGUUAUAUUUGACGUAUGGAAUAGUCUUCCCGAAAGUUUCAGCCAAUUAAAAAUGGUCGCUUUCGGAAUUUUAACCAUUUUUGGAUCUACUUACAUUUGUGAGCAAACAUUUUCAAACAUGAACUUUAUUAAGAAUAAAUUAAGAAAUCAACUGAAUGAUAUCAGCCUUGAUGCUUGUUUGAAGUUGAAAACUACAGACUACUUUCCAGAAUUGAAUAAGCUGUCUGGAGAAAUUCAGUGUCAAAAAUCCCACUAA